AUGCGGGGCCACCUGGAAGUUCAGUCCGUCCCGUUGACCUACAUUCCUGAUCUGGGCGUUUCAAAGUCGCUGACGACAUCUGAGGCAGCCACGCUUAUCUCCAUUGUGGGAAUCACAAACAUCAUUGGCAGGAUUAUGUCGAGCCUCAUCACGGACUGCCUCAACGUCAACUGCACACACACGUACAUUGUGACGUUAUUCAUGGCUUCCGCUAUGAGCUUUCUCAUGCCGUGGUGCAAUGGGUUUGCAACAUUGGCAAUAUGCAGCGGUGUCUUUGGACUCUGCAUGGCGACGCAUGUAUCCAUGCGGACAAUUGUACUGGCUGACCAUUUGGGCAUUGAACGGUUGACCAGGUCGUUUGGUCUGGUAGCGCUGUUCCAGGGCGUGGCCUUUCUCACCAACGCCCCUCUUGCAGGUUUCUUGUACGAAACGUUCGACUCCUACGUAAUGCCGUUCAGUUUCGCUGGAUUGAUGUACUUCCUAUCAGGACUGUUCUGUUUGGCUGUGCUCUGCCUUGAUAAACAUUCGAAUAGAGGGAUUGAAAUCAUAAUUGAGACAAAGGAAAUCGGGUGA